CUCACUUCAGAGGAAUUCGGAACAGUGAGCUCAACACCUGACUCCACGCCUCCCUGCUCAGAUGGUGGAAAUGAGGAGUCCGACUUCCCAGAACUGCAGACGGCCAGGGAAUGGUCUGACGACGAUGAAGGCCUGGAGGAUGAUGACGCAUGUCUCAGCAGCUCUUCCGUGUGGGGCACACCACGUCAGAACUCCUUUGAGCUCACCUUCUCCUACAUUGCCUUCUCCGAGAGCGACGGCUCAUCGCGGAGAGACUCGGGGCGCCGCAGGACUGGCGGGAGGGGCGGCCGCGGUUCACUGCUCCGCAUGGACACUCUGGAGACCCAGGGACCUCCGGACUCCCCUGCUGUGGAUUGGGACCCUCAUGCCUUCUUGACUGUAGAAGGGGAGGGAGACACGGAGGAGGAGAGCCUGCAGUGGACUCUAGAUCCACAGACUCACAGGGUGGAGGAGUUUCAGGAUAAAGACACAAGGACAUGGGAAGCAACGGAGGAGAUCUCAGGCAUCCAAACAUACAACUUAACAUGCAGUCAUCAAGAUGAGCAAAUAACAGUACCACAGCUUCAUGGGUCAAACCCUUCUGUUGCCACGGAAACCACCGCCACCCUGCAGAUGGUGGAGCAGUCACACACAACGCCUCCUGCCAAAGGACGAAACACUCAGGAAGAACAGCUCUGUAAGCAGUGCUACUCCACUCUCAACUUAACAGAGGGGCCAACAGUUUGCAUCCAGAUAGCAGUGAUGGACCUGAUCUACUGGAAGGACAUGGAGCGGACGGGGAUGGUGCUCACAGGGCUGGUGGUGGGGCUGCUGUCGCUGUUCCAGCUGAGCAUCAUCUCUGUGGUGUCCACGCUCUCCCUGGCCAUCAUGUGCUUCACCAUCUCUGUCAGAAUCUACAACAAACUGCUGCAUGUGCUCCAGCUGGGAGAUGGAGUUCACCCUUUCCAGUCAAAUUUAGAGUUGGACAUCAGUUUAAGUGGGGAAGAGGUGCAGCACUACAUGCAGAAGGCCAUUGUGCUGUCCUGUUCUGCCGUAGACACAAUAAGGAACCUCAUCUUUGUGGGCAACCUGUUCAACUCCCUCAAGGUGAGGCCUGAGAACUGACGAUCCUGUAUAAAAUUCAUUCAUCUGAAUCUGUCUGCUAGAUCAAUGAAAUAUAUUCCACAUUGAUGAA